UGUGACAGAAACCAUCUGGCCUAAAAUGCCUAAAUAUUUACUCUCAGGCUCUAGUUUGCUGACCCUUGCACUGGAGUAAAUGAGUUAAAGUGCAGAUGCUGGAGCUAGAUGGAAUUAGAUUCAUCAUUGGGUGCCUUCAUCUGUAAAAUAAGUUCUGGCCAUUUCAUCAGAGAAGCAAACAGAAUAGUGACAAGUAAUUAAUGCUUUUUUAUCAAGGAAAAAUGAAGACAAGAGGUUUCUAUGCUCUUCUUGCUGACAGUAUGAUAACAGAAAAUGACUGUUUCAUGGCAUCUGUUUAUUUGUGAGUAAUCAGAAAUGCACAUAGCUCUUCAGGAAUCAAGCUAAACUUAAAGAAGACGGGUAGAAAUUGGAGAGUGUCAUGGAGUACAAGAUUGAGGGAAAGGAAAAAUACCAACAUAGCUUGAAUUUACUGAAUAGAAUUAAAAACAUGAAAGAAUUUGCAGAAAUGAUUGAUGUAGUACUCAUAGCAGAAGAGGAGAAAUUUCCUUGCCAUAGACUGGUUCUGGCUGCGUUUAGUCCCUAUUUCAAAGCUAUGUUCACCUGUGGACUACUUGAAUGUACUCAGAGGGAAGUCGUACUCCAUGACAUCACAGCAGAAAGCGUGUCAGUGAUACUAAAUUACAUGUACAGUGCUGCUUUAGAGAUCAGCAACACCAACGUGCAGACCGUGGCUGUAGCUGCCUAUUUCAUGCAGAUGGAAGAAGUAUUUAGUGUAUGCCAAAAAUACAUGAUGGACCACAUGGAUGCCUCCAACUGUGUAGGAAUCCACUACUUCGCAAAUCAGAUUGGAGCUGAAGAUUUAUCUGACCAAUCAAAGAAGUACUUAUAUCAGCACUUUGCCGAGGUGAGCUUACAUGAAGAAAUACUAGACAUUGAAGUGCACCAGCUUUUGGCACUUAUUAAAUCAGAUGAUCUGAACAUUUCCAGGGAGGAGAGCAUUCUGGACUUGGUUCUAAGAUGGGUAAAUCAUAACCAAGAAUUGCGUAAAGAGCAUCUUGUUGAACUCUUGAAGCAAGUCAGGCUAGAACUUAUAAGUCCUUCUUUCUUAAGACAGGCCCUAAAAAGGAACACAAUGCUUCUGUGUGACGCAGGUUGCAUUGACAUCAUUCAAAAUGCAUUCAAAGCCAGCAAGACGCCCCAGCAGCACUCCCUGAACCUUCGCUAUGGCAUGGAAACCACCAGUCUUCUGCUUUGUAUUGGCAACAACGCUUCAGGAAUCAGGUCGCGACAUAGGAACUAUGGGGAUGCCAGUUUUUGCUUCGACCCUGUGUCACGGAAGACCUAUUUUAUUUCGUCCCCCAAGUAUGGGGACGGUUUAGGAACUGUGUGCACUGGUGUCGUCAUGGAAAAUAACACUGUUAUUGUGGCUGGAGAAGCAAGUGCCUCCAGGCUCUCAAGACAAAAGAAUAAGAAUGUGGAAAUCUAUAGGUAUCAUGACAGAGGAAACCAGUUUUGGGAAAAAUUAUGCACAACUGAAUUUCGGGAACUCUAUGCUCUGGGCAGUAUUCAGAAUGACCUCUAUGUUGUUGGAGGACAGAUGAAAAUAAAAAACCAGUAUCUUAUUACAAACUGUGUUGAUAAGUACUCUGUAGAACAGGACAGCUGGAAGCGAGUAUCUCCCCUGCCAUUACAGUUAGCCUGUCAUGCUGUAUUGACGGUGAAUAAUAAACUUUAUGUGAUUGGAGGCUGGACCCCUCAGAUGGAUCUUCCCGAGGAAGAGCCUGAUAGAUUAAGCAACAAGCUGUUCCGCUAUGACCCCACCCAGGAUCAGUGGCAAGAGCUCCCACCCAUGCAGUACUCCAAGUACCGGUUCAGUGCGGCUGUGGCCAGUGGCGAGAUCUACGUUCUGGGUGGAAUCGGCUGCCUGGGCCCUGACCGGGGCCAGGUUCGAAAGUGCCUUGAGGUGGUGGAGAUCUACAACCCCGACGGGGACUUCUGGCGAGAGGGCCCCUCCAUGCCAACGCCCCUCCUCUCCCUCCGAACCAACUCCACCAAUGCGGGAGCAGUAGACGGCAAGCUCUAUGUCUGUGGGGGCUUCCAUGGAGCAGACCGCCACGAGGUUAUCUCCAAAGAAAUCCUGGAGCUGGACCCUUGGGAGAACCAGUGGAACGUCGUGGCGGCCAACGCCCUCAUGCACGACAGCUACGAUGUCUGCCUGGUGGCCAGGAUGAACCCCCGGGACCUCAUCCCUCCCCCCUCGGACCUGGUGGAGGGCGGUGAGCACUGAGGACGGCUGCCGGAGGAGCGGGUGGGGGGAGGGGGGAGGGGGCAUGCCUGCAAGCAGAGCAGCGUGUGUGGCAGCCCAGGGAGCGAGGGCGCUCGAUAAGUUUGGGAGGACCGUACGGGUGGACAGGAGGAGGGACGGCCGAGGACCAGCAUCCCAAGCAAGGACCUUGCUCAGCUGGGCCUCAAGAACUGCGCUACCAGAGGGGUCCUCUCUGUGUGAAGUGGCUGAGGGUUCCAUCCAUGGGGAGGCCAUGGGAGACUCCAGGCAAAGGCCCUGGGGCAGGAACAUGCAGACACAGCCUGCUGGCACUACUACCUGGGACCCAGGAACACAGCUGCUAAAUGGCCAACACCUGAAGCACAAAGGCCCUAGUGGGCAGGGCCUGGGGACGGUGCCAAAAGCUCCUUACGUGUGCUCUGGCCCGGGCUACACACACUGUGAGCUCCUGGCCUGGCAGCGGCCACACAGCCACACUGGAAACUCGGUCUGUGCCACCAGACCACCAUGAGCAGCCGAGUCUGUGUCCAGACCAGGGUGGCUUCUGAGACUCUGCGACUUCCCAGGUUCUACCCUUCUGCAGCUUGAGGCAGGCCGGACACAGCCAGGGGUGGAGCCGGCACGGGG